UUGCGUUUUGAACUUGGAGCUAUGUUCACAGUUCUGGUUUUGAAAUCGACAUUGAACAGUAUUUAUUAAUUUUUAUGUUAAUUAAUUAAUCAUCAUUAAUCAAUUGAACUCACUUAGUUAUUGUUAAUUAUAUUAUAUUUAUAAAUUAUGAUACUACCGCGUAAAAGUGUGUUCCAUAUUUGAGGACUUUGAGGUUAGGUUAUACUUCUGUCAGGCUAAGGAGCUCAAGAAUAUGUCCUUUUUAUCGAAAAAUCCAAAUAUUCCACGCCGGCAAAUGUUGUUUUUAUUGCAAAAUACAUUUGUUUCUAAUUCUUCCGUGCAAAUAGCAGUUCGAAACUUUGCUACAAAAUCUAAUGUUGGAAGAAUUACGAAAGGUAUCUUUAAAGUUGGACUUGUUGGGGUUACCAUGGGUGCGAUUAUGGGCACUGGCUAUUCAAUUCAUCAAAUGAACAAACCAAGGGCACAUAUAAUCAAUGAACAAACUUUCGUACCUGCUGUUAAGGAAAUGCCUAACAUAAAGCUUAGCCGGGAAAUUAAAUACGCCGGGGAUGAUAGUGGUCUAAAAUUAACGUUAUUUCAAUACCAAACAUGUCCAUUUUGUUGUAAAGUUAGGGCAUUUCUUGAUUAUUAUGGUAUAUCUUAUGACAUCGUUGAAGUUGAUCCAGUAUUAAGACAAUCUAUAAAAUGGUCGACAUACAAAAAGGUUCCUAUUUUGGUUGCUAAAACUGCUGACGGUUAUCAGCCCCUAAACGACAGUACAAUGAUUAUAUCUGCACUGGCGUCAUAUUUAAAAGACGUAAAAAAAGAUAUACCAGAGAUAGUUAAAUGUUUUCCUAUAAUAGAUUACUUGGAUGAAGACGGAAAGAAAAAAAAUGAUAUAAUGAAUAAGUACUUCCUGAUGUUGAGUAAUCCAAUAGAUCAGCAUAAAGAAAAGGAAUAUACUGAGGAAAGAAAAUGGAGAAAAUGGACUGACAACGUCUUAGUCCACGUGCUUUCUCCAAACGUAUAUCGGACGAAAGAAGAGGCACUUCAGGCCUUCAACUGGUUUUCCGAUGUAGGUGAAUGGGAAAAAAACUUUCCGACUUGGGAAAGAACGCUGAUAAUCUACGUUGGUGCAACAGCCAUGUGGCUAAUUGGUAAACGGCUCAAGAAGAGACACAAUCUCAAAGACGACGUAAGGGAAUCCUUAUACGACGAAUGUAACACAUGGGUUAGAGCUAUAAACACGAAAGGCACUAAAUUCUUGGGAGGAGAUGGGCCUAAUUUAGCAGACUUGGCUGUUUACGGCGUCCUGAGCAGUAUUGAAGGGUGCGACGCUUUCAAAGACUGCCUCGAUCGUACUAAGAUAGGGAAAUGGUAUUUUUCUAUGAAGGAAGCAGUGACGCAACAUCAAGGUGCCCGGUUUGUUUAAAUUUUAGUUUUGUACUUACCAUGAAAGUGUGAUAUUGAUAGUUUAGUUAUUUGAUUAAUAGCAAAUGUUUUAGUAAUAGCAGAGGUAGUAAUAUGCCAAGUUUGACAGUUAUUAUUAACUGCGAAACAUGGGUCCCAAAAAUAUUCAUUGAUUUUCCUUUUUUUUUAAGUAAUUUCGCUUGAAAACUUGAAAAUUUUUAACAUGUUUAUUCUUUAUCGUAUCUUCCCUAGGUUCUCUAGGUUAAAAUUAAUUAUUAUAAUUCCAAAUAUCCUGUAUAUAAUAUAUGAAUGGGCCUUGUAAUUUAUUGACCCAGAUAACUUUUCUAGAAAUUCAAAGGCUUUAUUUUAACAAACAAGUUGUAUAAUUUACGGUUGUUUGACAACAUAUUAGUUAAAUCGAGUAAAUAUUGUUAUAACCACAACAUUAAUGUUUUGUUAUGGAAGGUUUGUGUUUAUAUCCUAAAUGAGAUUUACAUACUCAAAUUUACAAGAUUUCGCAUCAUGAUAAACCGUUAUUUACACCGUUGUGUGUCUCCACGUCCAAAAGAAUAUUACGCUUUUUUAUAAUUGAUUUCGUAAAAACUAAAUUUUCAGUACAUGCAAGUUUAUCAGGAUUUUUCUAGUUGGUACCAUUUUUUCUAUUUUUAGACCAUCUUUUUAUUUUAGUAUAACUUCAAUGGUCAGAAAAAAUUCUAAAACUACAUUAAAUCAUUUCUGUGUUAAAGCCAAUCAUGUAAAAUUAAGUACAUAUUAGUUUCUGACUGAUACUUCAUCCAUUCUUUCAGUUGUAUCGUGUAUAUAUAUUUUAUAAUGUAAAUAUAAACAUUGUUGAAUUUC